GCGUGCGGGACAGCGAGGCCGGAGUUUCUUUCGAGCAUUUUCUUCUUCUUCUUCUUGUCGAGAAGGGAGAGGGGAAAUGUCGGAGGUGAAGCCGGAGGAGAUCAGCCAUCCGGCCAUGGAGCAGCUCCAGGGCUUCGAGUACUGCAUCGACUCCAACCCGCCCUGGGGGGAGGCGAUUAUCCUGGGCUUCCAGCACUACAUCCUGGCGCUGGGCACUGCGGUGAUGAUCCCCACGGUGCUGGUGCCCAUGAUGGGCGGAAGCGAUGGAGACAGGGUGAGGGUGGUCCAGACGCUGCUCUUCGUCACCGGCAUCAACACGCUGCUGCAGUCGCUCUUCGGGACGCGCCUGCCCACGGUCAUCGGCGGCUCCUACGCCUUCGUCAUCCCGAUCAUGGCCAUCGUGCAGGACUCGUCGCUCACCGCGAUAACAGACAACCACGAGAGGUUCCUCCAGAGCAUGAGGGCCAUACAGGGCGCGCUGAUUGUAUCCUCCAGCAUCCAGAUCAUCCUGGGUUACAGCCAGCUCUGGGGGAUUUUCUCCAGAUUCUUCAGUCCAGUGGGAAUGGCGCCGGUGGUCGCGCUGCUCGGUUUUGGCCUCUUCGAGAGAGGAUUCCCCGUGGUUGGGAGAUGCGUUGAGGUUGGCCUGCCGAUGCUGAUCCUCUUUGUCGUGCUUUCCCAGUAUCUGAAGAAUGUACAAAUAAAAGAUAUUCCCGUGCUGGAAAGAUUCUCCUUGUUCAUCUGUAUUGCACUGGUUUGGGCCUAUGCUCAAAUCCUCACUUCUGGUGGCGCGUAUAAGCAUAGCAGUGAGAUCACUCAGAUCAACUGCCGCACGGACCGUGCCAAUCUGAUCUCGUCCGCCCCAUGGAUCAAGAUCCCAUAUCCACUGCAAUGGGGGGCACCAACCUUCAGUGCUGGCCAAUCGUUUGGCAUGGUGUCUGCUGUUUUGGUCUCGCUAAUAGAGUCCACAGCUUCUUACAAUGCUGCAGCUCGGCUCGCAAGUGCAACUCCACCUCCAGCCCAUAUCCUGAGCAGAGGCAUUGGGUGGCAGGGAAUUGGCAUCCUCCUCAGUGGGCUAUUUGGAACAGGGACCGGCUCCACUGUCUCAGUGGAGAAUGUGGGAUUACUAGGAUCAACAAGGAUCGGGAGCCGGCGCGUCAUACAAAUCUCUGCUGGUUUCAUGAUCUUUUUCUCCAUGCUGGGAAAAUUCGGAGCACUGUUUGCUUCCAUCCCGUUCACGAUCUUCGCUGCAGUGUACUGUGUCUUGUUCGGGCUAGUUGCUGCAGUGGGGCUCUCCUUCUUGCAGUUCACAAACAUGAACUCCAUGCGCAACCUCUUUAUCGUGGGCGUCUCCAUCUUCCUUGGCUUAUCUGUGCCGGAGUACUUCUUCCGGUACAGCAUGGCUGCCAACCGUGGGCCUGCGCACACUAAAGCUGGAUGGUUCAACGACUACAUCAACACCAUCUUCUCGUCGCCGCCGACGGUGGGGCUGAUGGUGGCCGUGUUCCUGGACAACACGCUGGAGGUGAAGGACGCGGCCAGGGAUCGGGGGAUGCCGGCGUGGGUGCCGUUCCGGUCGUUCAAGGGGGACAGCAGGAACGAGGAGUUCUACAGCCUGCCAUUCAACCUCAACCGCUUCUUCCCUCCGUCGUAAACUGGCAGACUAGUCGUUCGGCGUGGUGGUUCCUUUGCUGAUGCGAUCGUGCGUGUGUUGUUUGUUGGAAAGAAAGAACUCAGAGUGUUGAGCAGAGGAAAUAGUAGAUGUAUUAGCUA